AGCCUGUCUCUGCUAUGAGGUCUGCGGUUAGGAAUGAUAUAGAAGCUUUUCCUCUCUCACCCAAACGAUGAUGUGACUUAACAACGUGAUAACAGUCUGAGAGCAGCAAAACGCACAGCAUUGUCGAGGUGCGAAUGAACUAAGUCGGCUCUCGCUCGAUCAGACAGUGGGAACGUCUGGAGAUCAAGGUAAGAAGAGAUCGAUUAUUUCUGCUUUGCUAUUGCCAAUUGAUAGGCUAAUCAUAGUAAGAUUGUGGCAAAGUUCAGUCUAGACAGUAGACACCACCAGUCUUAGAUUAGAUGCAAUUUAAUGAGGCAUACCUGUGUUAGCUACAAUCUAAUAACGCAUCUGUUGUUCUCCAGCGCUGAAGUGGCAAAUGCCAAGACUAGAAGAACACUGCUGGAGUCGCUCCUGUACAUCGAGGGUGGAAUCUAAGAAUUAUUCUAGGGAAAACUGGGUCGAAUCGAAGGCUGAAGAAAUGAUGUCAAUUAUCACAUCAGUGCUUAGCAAUGUAUACGGCUCACUGCACAGUGUGCAAACAGGAAACUUGAUCAGACGGGGUCUCGUCCUUUUCACCGUGGGAGUCUUUCUUGCAUUGGUGCUCAACUUGCUACAGGUUCAAAGAAAUGUGACUUUGUUUCCCGAAGAGGUGAUGGCAACUUUGUUUUCAUCGGCGUGGUGGAUUCCCCCUUGCUGCGGCACGGCAGCUGGUGAGUUGUCACUUUUCCUAAACCUAUAGGUUAUCUUGAGUUUAUCAUUCUGUAUGAAUGAAUGAGGUUGUUAUGUAGGCCUACUUCUAAUUUGGAGAAAGGAAUGUGAAUUGGGCUUUUAAGGGGGGUGCUUGUGUGUUUCAUGAUGCCAUUAUAUUCUACUAACUACAGCCUGGGCUACAUAAUCAUUUACAGUUUCUUCCAUCAUUGUUAUUGUCCUAUAUAUCCAUUAUGUAUGUGUUCUCGCAGCCAUGAGGCCAUAUAAUGAUGAGUGUUUUGUCUGGGAAAAAUAUACAGUAGUAUUUAUAUUGCCCUCCAUUUGCUCCAAUAGGCUUCCCUAGAAACAGCCGGACAUAGAGGGUCAUAAGGGGUGUGCUGUUUUUUCAUUGGCUGCUUUCAUAACGGGUGAGCUGUGGAGGCGGUCCAUAAUUGGCUGUUGCCUCGAACAUGCCACUACCGAAAAAGAGAAACAAGGAAGUCGUGUGCACUGUGCAGUCAGAAUUAAAUAAAUGAUUUUCAACACCAACCCCUCCCCCAUGUUCUUAAGAAGUAGGCUACAAUGAUUCACACUUAAAAUAAAUAAGAAUGUCAAAAAUGUUGGAGACUAUUAUCAGUCGGUUGCAGACAUGUUUGUGCAAUUACUUAUAAGAGAGAAAUAAUCAUGUGCCUGAAAGUGAAAGUAGAAAGCAAUCUUGUUGUUUGUUUAACUUAUGUCAUGUUUUCCCCCCAAAAUUGAAACUCAAAUGCAACAUUUUCAAGCCCUUAAAACAACAUGAGCCAGUUUGAUUUGUAUGUAGGCUAUUCAGUGAUGUACUAACUCAAAUCUUCUUUCUGUAGCUGUUGUUGGCCUGCUAUACCCCUGCAUCGACAGCCAUCUAGGAGAGCCCCACAAGUUCAAAAGGGAAUGGGCCAGUGUCAUGAGAUGCAUUGCAGUAUUCGUUGGCAUCAACCACGCCAGUGCUGUAUCCUUUCUAAACAACAACAAUGUCACAAUGUGCACUCUCUCAUGUUAAAGCUGUCUUCAAUCUAGAGAAGGACUGACACAUAUUUACACCAGUGAUGUUUAUCACGUCCAGAGCUUAAACAAUGAUGUUGUGGCCUAAUAAAUGUGUAAUACAUAAUUGAGUAACAUUCUGUGAUUAGUUUGAUAUACUCUGUAGCCUUUUGGGGGCCCUAAGAAAGAUUUGGUCGGGAGGCCCCCCCCCCCCCCCCCCACCUCGCGGGCAAAACGUGUUAAUGCUCCCCUCUUGGCAGUGGAUGUUGUUAAUUUUUUAGUGCACACAUUUCUUUCCUGCAAUUCUACACAUUUUGCCAUGGGGUGUAGAGAAAGUGUUGCAGUUUUAAAGGAUAUUUUCUGCAAUUCUUCACAUUUUGCCAUUACUUAUUCCAUGUUCAUAUGAUAUCUGUGUGAGAUGGACCAACAAAAUCAAUGGGGGCCCCUGAGCACAUGCCCUGUGUGCCCGGUUGGUGAAUUGGUGAUGAUUAGGCCUACUGCAAGGUUUAGAUAGCUGGCUAGACUACCUUACCUAGAAAUCUAAAAAAUGUUAGCUGACAUGGGCUAAUUGAGUGACUGACAUAACAAGUGGAAAACUGCUGAUGCACUACCAAAUUUUUGUAAGUUGAGACCCCGACGGAGUUCCUUUUAAUUGGUCGAGGGCCCCCUAGCGACCUCUGGGCCAAACGCGCAGUAUGUAGUCUGCGUAUAGGAAGAGGUGGCACUGUACACUCCACUGUCGUUUUGCUACUUUUACAGCCUUAAAGGCAAUUCAUCUAGUGUCAGUGUCAGUGACUGUCCCAACUGCAUUCCUGCUUGUUUUGACUCCUUGACAUACUUUCCAAGUAUGUAUGGAACUUACAGUUGCUUCAAACAUACACUGCUUGUGCCACCCACACUUCGAUGCAACAGUCAAACAAAUACAAUAUUUUAUUUUUUAUUUUAUUUUACAUAUUUUAAGUGAUUUUUUUACUGAGCAGAUACUGAGAGAGGAUCACAGUAGGGAAAGAUAGGGAGAGGUUGUGUCAAAGGUCAGUAGGCCAGAUUGGAACCUAUGCAAACAAAUAGUCAUAUUUUGCCCUUAACUGCUCCAUUUCACAGAAACUAGACUUUGCCAAUAAUGUCCAGCUGUCCCUGACCCUGGCUGCCCUGUCCCUGGGACUGUGGUGGACGUUUGACCGCUCGAGGAGUGGCUUCGGCCUGGGCAUUGGGACGGCAUUCCUUGCCACCGUUAUCACACAGCUGCUGGUCUACAACGGUGUCUAUCAGUAAGUCAAGUCACGCUUUAAUUUUUCCAUGUUACACUAAGAGCCAAUUUAUGCUUGAUCCAAAAAUGUGGUUGGAGACUCCGUAUGGAGGGUGUGACGCAAUUGCGGCGCCUCCGGAGGUAAGCAGAGGUCAAAUUGAGCUCUACUGCAUCGCUGUGCGCCUCCCAAAUCUUGUAACAAUGCGGAGGGCUCCGUAUAGCCCCUCAUUGAAAUUAUUGGUUGAUGGUAGGUGGUAGGUGGUAGGUGGUAGGUGGGGGCGGGAGGUCCUGUAUAAACACAAACUCACUUCCUUGACAACUUCCUUCACAACAGCUCUUCUCAACAGCUCUGCACUGCUCUGCGAGGCGCAAGAAGUAUGAAUGCCCUGACUUCUGCAGAGGCCGUAUCAGAGUAAAUGCUGCAUGGCCAAUGCAGAUGUCGGAUUGACCAUGUAGCAUGAACUGUAAAAAAUGCAUGGAUAGGAUAUUUUGGUGACAUCAUAAUAAUAAUAAUAAUAAUAAUAAUAAUAAUAAAUGCCAUUUAGGAGACACUUUUAUUCAAAGCAUACAUUUUUCGUAUGGGUGGCACCAGCAGGAAUAGAACCCAUAUUCCCGACGUUGCAAGUGCCAUGCUCUACCAACUGAGCUACACAGGACCAUAUUAUUAUGUUAUUAUGUUAUCUUUUCGUGGACAUUAUGGUAUCAUUACUUACCUUAUAGUUUGAGUACAGCCAGUGAAUCAAAUUAGGUGUCUUUUUAAGAAAAGAUGUCUAUCUACUUUGUGAAUGACAUAUUUAAGUAUAUUUUAUGGAACUGGUCCCAGUCACCUGAUUGAUUCCAUCAAAGAGGAUCUGACAGAUGAAAUGAAAGCAAUAAUUUUUUGUCCCCCAUGCCUCCACGCCUAAUUAUUGGCCCUCCUACCUGCCUAUGUGGCACCUCUUGAAAAACGUCCUGGGGAGAAGGAGCACUCGGUUGCUUCAGCGAGGGACUUAUAAAUCAGCGAGGGACUUAUAAAGAGCUGAGUUCAAAAGGCCUCCACAGCUUCUGUUGAGUGAAGGGAAGAGAGAGAGAUGAGAUAGAGAGGGAGGAGAGGCAAGAUUAUUUUAUAUAUUUUUAAUAAUGCUGCUUUUCCCCCUUCUGUGUUUAAGUUGCCAUUCCUGUUUUAGGACUUGACACGUGUCUUAUUUGGGGCUAUAUUUGACUAUUGGGGCAAAUAGUUCAUUUAAUUUGAUGUAUUUUCUCCCUCUCUUGUAGAUACACGUAUCCAGACUUUCUGUAUGUGCGCUCUUGGCUUCCAUGCAUAUUCUUCUCAGGAGGAGUGACUGUAGGAAACAUAGGACGCCAGCUAGCCAUGGUAAGUCCUGCCCCCUAUUUUCUUUGUCAAAUUCUGCUUGUUUGUAAGCACAUGAACACAUUGACACAGCACAUUGACAUGUUCAUGUGGUACAAACUUUUGUGAGAGAAAAAGCCUGACACCACAAUGUCGGCUAUAAUGCCUUUAUCAGGUGUACGCCCAAAGUCUGCCCUUAUUCUGUGUAGAGUUCUUCACAGUCAUGUCCAUUAUUCAGUUUGACUCAGUUAAAGUGUGAAAACAGAUUAAGCAUGUUGUUUUGUUUUUCACAGUAGCGAGCCAGUCUUAAAGCCAGUCCUAGAGCCAAAUGUACCAAAGGGUCAUUUGCAGCUUGUUGUUUUUGUUUGAUGGGGUUUGAAAUGUUGGCAGUUGGCACGAGCCCUUGCUUGCUCUUUCUUUCUUUUUUCCUCCCUCUCACUCUUGAUCGCUCUCUCUCUGUGAGAUGGAUUAAGACUGUUUAACUUUCCUUCGGUCUUUUGAAACGUGCAUCUUGCUUCAUGUUUCUCGAUAAACCAGCGAUUGAACUGUUGAGAAGCUGACUCAUACUUUUUUGAUAUCUGACAAAAAAUAUAUAAAAAAUACUCCACCCAGCUUUUUGUGCUUCCAAAGGUUUGAAAUGGCUGAAAUAUUGUCUUAAUAAAUAACAUUAUUGAAAGUGCUAAAAGCAAUGUGCUGUUCCUUUAGUCCUUCAUCAGUAGCCUAUAUCUGUUUAUGGAGCCAGUUAUACUGUAUAUAACUGGUUGUAUAAGGCCAAAUAAAUGAACUGAACAGAGCCCCUGUUCUAAGUUUUGUGAUGUAUGUUCUACAUAUGCUUAGCACAUGAGUGAGUGCUCUGACAGGAUGAUCUAAAUCGAGAGGAACGGGGAAGUGAGAGGGAGCACUUUUUCUUCUAGACUGUAUACAGUUAAGGGAGGCCUUGAGGAAGGAAUAUCACAUUUUACUACAACCCCAACGUAGGAUCAUCUUCUCACAGCUGUGCCUAUACAUAGGACCCCAUGAUCCACUGUAGAAUAGUCCUAUAGUCUACCGUAAAGAACGUAAGGACUCAGAACUCAGCCUUAGGUAAAAGUCAUCAAUAAUGUUAUUCUCCAAUCCCCAUUGUGGAUGUUACCACAGUGUGGAUGAUACACUGAGUGUACAAAACGGAUCCCGGGUAGCAAGGACCCAUAACAAGUAAACAAAACAUUAGGAACAUGCUCUUUCCAUGACAUAGACUGACCACUAGAAUCCAGGUGAAAGCUAUGAUCCCUUAUUGAUGUCACCUGUUAAAUCCACUUAAAUCAGUGUAGAUGAAGGGGAGGAGACAGGUAAAAAAAUGAUUUUUAAGCCUUGACAAUUGAGACAUGGAUUGUGUAUGUGUGCCAUUCAGAGGGUGAAUGGCCAAGACAAAAUAUUUAAGUGCCUUUGAAUGGGAUAUGGUAGUAGGUGCCAGGCGCAGCGGUUUGAGUGUGUCAAGAACUGCAACACUGAUGGGGUUUUCACGCACAACAGUUUCCCGUGUGUAUCAAGAAUGGUCCACCACCCAAAGGACAUCCAGCCAACUUGACAACUGUGGGAAGCAUUGGAGCCAACAUGGGCCAGCAUCCCUGCGGAACACUUUCUACACCUUGUAGGGGCCAUGCCCCAACGAAUUGUGGCUGUUCUGAGGGCAAAAGGGGGUGCAACUCAAUAUUAGGAAGGUGUUCCUAAUGUUUUGUACACUCAGUGUACAAUUAAGCAAUAAGGCCCGAAGGGGGUGUGGUAUAUGGCCAAUAUGCCAUAGCUAAGGGCUGUUCUUUUGGAUACAGCCUGGAUACAGCCCUUAGCCGUGAUAUAUUGGUUAUAUACCACAAACCCUAGAGGUGCCUUAUUGCUUUUAUAAACUCGUUACCAACAUAAUUAGAAGAGUAAAAAUAAAUGUUUGUCAUACCCAUGGUAUACGGUCUGAUAUACCACGACAUUCAGCCAAUCAGCAUUCAGGGCUCGAACCACCCGGCUUAUAAUAUAAUAAUAUAUGCCAUUUAGCAUGCCAUUUAGGAAGAUGCUGUUUACUGAUAUUGAUAGAGACGUUGUACAUUAUAUUUGAACAUGGGGUUCCCCUCUCUCCCUUCAGGGUGGUGUCGAGAAACUGCACAACGACUGAACAGAGAUCAGCUGAAGAGGAGCGAGAAGAACGACAACCAAUAUGGAGAACCAGCGUAAUGGAACCAAGUCUGACAUCAUGGGGAGAGACAUUUCAGUUUGAAAGAAAAGAGACUCUCAUUAUUUUUUUACUACUUUUCUGUGCAUUAUAACAAAGAGCUAGCCAGAAUCUCCUUUACCUAACGUGCCAUGACUUCUGCACCUCCUGGUGGCCAAAAGACCUUUCCCCCAUUCCUGUUCGGGUUCCAGAUAGCAUUAGGUUAGAAGUUAGCCGCUAUGCUAUCCUUGUUAGGGUCCAGAUAGCAUUAGGCUAGCAGUUAGCUGCUAGACUAUUCCUGUUAGGGUCCAAAUUGCAUUAGGCUAGCAGUUAGACGCUAUGCUAUCCCUAUUAGGGUCCAUGUAGCAUAAGGCCAGCAGCUAGCCACAAGGCUAUCCCUGUUUGGGUCCAUA